UCCCUUCGCGUAUAUGCCUAUGUGUACGCUCGCGUGUGUGUACAUACGUAGUACACAUAGGUCCCUUCGUCCGUUCCUCCCUUACUCAGCCACGCCGUCUCGCCGUCUCUCUCCGUCUCGCUUAGUCUCGCUCCGUCUCUCCAUCCUAUUCUUCCAAAUAAAUGAAAAAAUAAAUGAAACCGACUGUGCGCGAGUUCGUGUUUUGUAAACAGGCAGAACAAUACUGUUCUAUUAUCCUUGGUGAGACAUCGCCUAGGCGAAUCCCAUCCGUCUGUGCCUCGUUAAUUAUUUCUAACGGUUUUAAAGUGUAGCGUAAGCUUUUGUUUACCAAAAGUGACAGCGACUCCUUUUUGCUGGUCAUGCUCGCUGUACUUUCGCGACUGCGAGAUUCCGAGAUGGCUGGGCUGGAUUAUUCCUAUUGCAUACGUUGAUCGAAGAAUUUCAAGCGUUUUCUACGAAUGUGAGAUGAGAGUCGUUCCACACCCUGCGAAGCUUAGAAAUAUUUGCAGAGGUGCCAAAAGAGCGAUAGCUGCGUGCGAGGCUCGGUCGGUUUAAGUUCUUCCGCUCUACGCUUAAGUAGCUGUUGAGAUCGGUGAAAUUAUUUGCACUGCCAAAUAGUGAAGUAUGAAAUCGCAUAACUUUAUGUGAAUUAAUAGUAAAAUUUUCUCAAGCAAAACGCAGAUCGAGAUGCGGGUCUUGCUAGUCCUGCAUUGGAGCUCCGUUCUUGUGGGCAAAUAAGGUCUUGGCUUUAAGAUGUUUGGAAAAGUACCUGCGCCGAAUAUUCCUGGAUCGCCUAAGGCUUGCAUAAAACCAGCUGGAUCGUGCCUGUCCUGCUUUGCUGCCAAGGAUGGCACAACAGCUACCUCCGACGAUAAAGCCAAAUUAUGGAGGGCCAAAAACAAUAGUACCUCCAUCAUCUCAGAAAUUCCUUGCAAUGUGCAACCAUCCGAGGUCGCAAGAUGCUGCAGGACAGAGGCUGUGAAUCCUUUCGUAGAAAUUCAGCGUUGCAAAAGUUCUGUGAAUUCCAUGGCUAACUCUGUCGGUUAUAAGUGUUCCUCCAAUCUUGGUUAUUCUGGUGCAUCGAGAACUUCCAACAACAGUGCUUCCAAAUCCCCCAAUAGUUAUGAAUUACGCAACUCUAACGUUGAAUUCAUAACUAAUCGUCAUCAUCGGGAAGUGAUAAAGUGUACCAAAAAAUCAUUGUCAUCUACCAGAGACUCGCAAGCUGUCGAUGCAAACAAAAUAAUUGGCAGGGAUCAGGCGAGAAGAACGAGUAACGAAGAUGUGGACGAACUAGAUGCAUCUAUGCUUCCAAAUUCUAGAUUAGAGCCAUUAGUAAUUAAUCAGAAGUCCCAAGUUAACGAAGCUCAGGACUUUACUACCUCUACACCAUCCAAAGAUGGCAAAUACGAUGACAAGGAAAAUAUGCCAACGGAGCUUCAAUCGUCACCUAGAAGUUACAAGGAUCGCGAAAAGUGUAAAGACACAUGGAAGCCCACAGAGCUCGAUAAUAACUUUUCUAGUUUUAAUCCUCAUGCUGGAGAUUGUAUGCAGGACAAAAGGCGAACAGGUGCUUCUUGUCAAGCACUUAGGCAUGCCGUUGCAUCCUUGAAUCGGCUCGAUGACUUCCACCUUGAGAAAAUUGGUGCUGGCUUCUUUUCAGAGGUCUUCAAGGUCACUCAUAAAGUUACAGGUCAAGUAAUGGUUCUCAAAAUGAAUCAACUUCCGGCAAAUCGACCGAACAUGCUCAAGGAAGUGCAACUGAUGAACAAACUCAGUCAUCCUAACAUAUUAAGGUUCAUGGGUGUCUGCGUCCACGAGGGCCAACUCCACGCACUGACGGAGUACAUAAACAGCGGCAGUCUGGAGCAGCUUAUUAUGUCGCGUCAUACACCCCUACCGCACCUAACGCGCAUGAAACUCGCCCGCGACACGUCCUGCGGCAUGGCCUAUCUGCACAGCAAGGGCCUCUUUCAUCGGGACCUCACGUCCAAGAACGUGCUGGUGAAGAGGAACGAGGCAAACGAGGAGCUGACUGCCGUAGUCGGGGACUUUGGCCUCGCCGCCAAAAUCCCGGAACCGAGCACCGGCUACAGACUGAGCACCGUGGGGAGUCCAUACUGGAUGUCGCCCGAGUGCCUCAAGGGUCAGUGGUACGAUCACAGGUCGGACGUAUUCUCAUUCGGGAUCGUCGUGUGCGAGCUAAUCGGUAGGGUGCCGGCCGACCCGGACGUGCUCCCGAGAUCCGACAACUUUGGCCUCGACUACCUGGCAGUGGCGGAGAUCUGUGCGGCCGCCGAUCCCCCGCCGGCCUUCCUUCAACUUGCCUUCCACUGUUGCACGUACGAGCCUCGCUCCCGACCAACAUUCCCAGAGAUCGUGCAGACGCUGGACAACCUGAUCACAGCUCACGAGGACGAGACGAAAGCCAACCCGAACAAGCGACAGUCGGUGGACCAGGAGCUGAUAUCGAGCAUCGAGAUCGUACGCCAGUCCCGACCGAUGAGCCGCCGUACCACGAGACUUCGGAGCCACUCGGCGGACGCGCGCGCAUGCGCGAACCCUACGGCCCCCUGCGAUAAGGCCCGGUGUCAUUCGGCACGACGAGUCGCCGAGUUGGCCAGCCGUAGGGAUCCGCACUACCGGCCCAUGACGGCCAAUCCCUUCCACGCACUCGGCGGCGUCAAGAAGAUACUCGGCGAUCUAUUCUCCAGCUGCCUCGAGCUGACGUCGCUCGAGGACGUCGGCCAAGGCGCCGCUGAGGCUGGCAUUAGAAAAUUCAAGCCCCUCGCCGCGCAGAACGAUAGUAUCGCCAAGAUAUUGGAGAGGAAGAAGCCCAGCUCCGAGCCCAGCAGCCCCACGGCCAGAAAGAAGUGGGAGAGGAAGGUGUCGACGAAGAUCGGAGCGGCCAACCUCUUUGCACACCCACUCUUUCGAGAUGGAUGGGAGCCCCAUCGGCGCGGAAGCUGCGAGUCCGGUUUUUGGAGCUGCGUGGGCGAGGAUCUGAGUCCAGAGCCUCCAAAUCGUCGUCACGCCUCGACUCUAAGCAGUUCCGCGGCCUCCAGUCUCUUUCUCCUCGACGACCAUCGCACGAGCUCCAUUUACACGGAUUCUAGCGAGGACAUAGCGAGCCUCGGAGGUGGCGACUCGACCUGCUGGGAGGACAGGCUCGAUAGACUCGGACCCUCGAGCAAGACCAUCGCCAAGAUCGUGGAUUAUUUCGAGAGGAAGCAAGCCGGCGCGGGCAAGCUCGGCGAGCACGGACUUGAGGUCGUCGCGCCAAGUAGGAUCGCGCUGCUGAGGGCGAGGCUCGACGGAAGUGCGCCCCUCUGCAGUAUAAGCGCCGUCCAGAGGCUCGUCGUUUGUGAAGGGGCGGUGCGAAGUAAGCUGCCCCUGUUCGAUAAAAAGUGA